CCCAACGUCAGGGCGCGAUGGAGUGAAGCGACGACGAAGGUGGUACUUCCGCGUUGCGCUGCUGGAGCCGAGCGCGGCCAAGGCCGCUCCCCGAACCCCGGGGGCACUUGGAGGACUCCGGACUCCCCCGCAGGUCAGCGCCCGGUGCAUCGGCUGUUUCUGCGGCUCAGGAUCGGACGACCGGCGCGCACCGGGGCUCUGCCGCCCGGAUUCUUGCUGCCCUCGGGCCUGGAGGCCGCGGCGGACCCCACGGUGACCUGGAACCCAGGGACCCGCGUCCCGACCCGGAUUAUCGUGGCGUGUCUGCCGAACCGCCCCGGUGCCCGGUGUCCCUCCGCCGUCGCCGCGGUCCCGUUUCCGGCGGGAGCGAUGGCCAGGAUCUGACCCGGGAGGAGGCCGCACCCGCGCCGCGCUCUGCGGCGAGCUCUAGGCGAUGCCGAGCAGCUCGGACACGGCGCUGGGGGGAGGCGGGGGCCUGAGCUGGGCGGAGAAGAAGUUGGAGGAACGCCGCAAGCGGAGGCGAUUCCUGUCCCCUCAGCAGCCGCCGCUGCUGUUGCCGCUCCUCCAGCCGCAGCUCCUGCAACCGCCGCCGCCCCCGCCGCCUCUGCUCUUCCUGGCUGCUCCCGGCACGGCCGCCGCCGCCGCAGCCGCCGCCGCCGCUGCGGCCUCCUCCUCUUGCUUCAGCCCGGGCCCCCCUCUGGAGGUCAAGCGGCUGGCGAGAGGCAAGAGGCGCCCAGGAGGGCGGCAGAAGCGGCGCCGCGGGCCCCGCGCCGGGCAGGAGGCGGAGAAGCGUCGGGUCUUCUCGCUGCCCCAGCCGCAGCAGGACGGCGGUGGCGGUGCUAGUAGCGGCGGGGGUGUGACCCCGCUGGUGGAGUACGAGGAUGUGAGCUCCCAGUCCGAGCAGGGGCUGCUGCUGGGGGGCGCCAGCGCGGCAACGGCGGCGACGGCUGCCGGGGGGACGGGGGGCAGCGGCGGGAGUCCGGCCUCCUCCUCCGGCACCCAGCGGCGGGGGGAGGGGUCGGGGUCGGGGUCGGGCCGCCGGCCCCGCCGGGACCGCCGCCGCAGUAGCGGCCGCAGCAAGGAGCGCCACCGCGAGCACCGGCGGCGGGACGGGCAGCGCGGCGGCGGCGAGGCCUCCAAGUCCCGCAGCCGCCACAGCCACAGCGGCGAGGAGCGGGCCGAGGCCACCAAGAGCGGCAGCAGCAGCAGCAGCGGCGGCCGCCGGAAGAGCGCCUCGGCCACGUCCAGCAGCAGCAGCAGCCGCAAGGACCGAGACCUGAAGGCUCACCGGAGCCGGACUAAGUCGUCCAAGGAGCCGCCUUCUGCCUACAAGGAGCCGCCCAAGGCCUACCGGGAGGACAAGACCGAGCCGAAGGCCUACCGGCGGCGGCAGCGGUCCCUGAGCCCCCUGGGAGGCCGGGACGACAGCCCGGUGUCCCACAGGGCCUCGCAGAGCCUGCGGAGCCGCAAGUCCCCCAGCCCGGCGGGAGGUGGCAGCAGCCCCUAUUCGCGGCGGCUGCCGCGCUCCCCGAGCCCCUACAGCCGCCGCCGCUCCCCCAGCUACAGCCGCCACAGCUCGUACGAACGGGGCGGCGACGUGUCUCCCAGCCCCUACAGCAGCAGCAGCUGGCGCCGCUCCCGGAGCCCCUACAGCCCCGUGAUCAGACGGUCUGCCAAAUCCCGAAGCAGAAGCCCAUAUUCAUCUAGGCAUUCAAGAUCUCGUAGUAGGCACAGAUUGUCUAGAUCCAGAAGUCGUCAUUCUAGCAUUUCUCCUAGCACACUAACUCUGAAGAGUAGCCUGGCAGCUGAAUUGAACAAGAAUAAAAAAGCACGAGCUGCAGAGGCAGCAAGAGCUGCAGAGGCAGCGAAAGCUGCAGAGGCAGCCAAGGCUGCUGAGGCCGCUGCCAAAGCUGCCAAAGCCUCAAACACUUCUACACCUACCAAGGGGAACACAGAAACUGGUGCCAGCGCAUCACAAACAAACCAUGUGAAGGAUGUGAAGAAACUUAAGAUUGAGCCUGCACCUUCUCCCUCAAGUGGUGGAACUUUAAAAAAUGACAAGGCAAAAACAAAGCCACUUAUUCAGGUAACAAAGGUGGACAAUAAUUUGAUUGUAGAUAAAACCGCCAAGAAAGCAGUUGGGAAGGAGAGUAAAUCUGCUGCUACAAAGGAGGAACCAGUAUCUCUUAAAGAGAAAACCAAACCACUUACACCAAGCACAGGAGCCAAGGAGAAGGAACAACAUGUGGCUCUAGUGACCUCUACAUUACCACCAUUACCUUUGCCUCCCAUGCUGCCUGAAGAUAAAGAUGCUGAUAGCUUACGAGGAAAUAUUUCUGUAAAAGCAGUUAAAAAAGAAGUAGAAAAGAAAUUACGAUGUCUACUUGCUGAUUUACCACUGCCCCCUGAGCUACCAGGAGGAGAUGAUCUCUCAAAGAGUCCAGAGGAAAAGAAAACAGCAACACAGUUACAUAGUAAAAGGAGGCCUAAAAUAUGUGGGCCUCGCUAUGGUGAAAUCAAAGAAAAAGAUAUUGACUGGGGAAAACGAUGCGUGGAUAAAUUUGAUAUCAUCGGAAUUAUUGGAGAAGGAACCUAUGGACAAGUUUACAAGGCCAGGGAUAAAGACACUGGAGAAAUGGUUGCCUUAAAAAAAGUACGUCUAGAUAAUGAAAAGGAAGGCUUUCCGAUUACAGCAAUUCGAGAAAUUAAAAUUCUUCGGCAGCUUACUCAUCAGAGUAUUAUCAAUAUGAAGGAGAUAGUUACUGAUAAAGAAGAUGCUUUGGAUUUUAAGAAGGAUAAAGGUGCAUUUUAUCUGGUAUUUGAAUAUAUGGACCAUGAUCUGAUGGGACUACUGGAAUCAGGCUUGGUUCAUUUUAAUGAAAAUCACAUAAAGUCAUUUAUGAGACAGCUCAUGGAAGGUCUGGAUUAUUGUCAUAAGAAGAACUUUUUGCAUAGGGAUAUUAAAUGUUCAAAUAUUCUUCUAAAUAAUAGAGGGCAGAUAAAACUUGCAGAUUUUGGACUCGCUCGAUUGUAUAGCUCAGAAGAAAGUCGGCCAUAUACUAACAAGGUCAUCACUUUAUGGUACCGUCCACCUGAACUGCUGUUGGGAGAAGAACGGUAUACACCGGCUAUUGAUGUGUGGAGCUGUGGAUGUAUCCUUGGUGAACUCUUCACUAAAAAACCUAUAUUUCAAGCAAAUCAGGAACUUGCACAACUAGAAUUAAUAAGCCGUAUAUGUGGGAGUCCAUGUCCUGCAGUGUGGCCCGAUGUAAUCAAACUACCGUAUUUCAACACCAUGAAACCAAAGAAGCAAUAUCGUCGAAAGUUAAGAGAAGAAUUUGUUUUUAUUCCUGCAGCCGCACUAGACUUAUUUGAUUACAUGUUGGCCUUGGAUCCUAGUAAGCGCUGCACUGCAGAACAAGCUCUUCAGUGUGAGUUCCUACGGGAUGUGGAACCCUCAAAAAUGCCCCCACCAGACCUUCCUUUAUGGCAAGAUUGUCAUGAGUUGUGGAGUAAAAAGCGAAGAAGACAGAAGCAGAUGGGCAUGACUGAUGAUGUUUCCACAGUUAAAGCCCCCAAAAAGGACUUGUCUCUGGGCUUGGAUGACAGCAGAACGAACACACCCCAGGGUGUGCUGCCAACUUCACAACUGAAAUCUCAGGGCAACUCGAAUGUGGCACCUGUAAAAACAGGCCCUGGACAGCAGUUAAACCACACUGAAUUGGCAAUUCUACUAAACCUACUACAAUCUAAAACAAGUACUAAUAUGGCUGAUUUUGUUCAAGUGUUGAACAUUAAGGUAAACUCUGAGACUGAACAACAGCUAAAUAAAAUAAACCUUCCUGCUGGAAUUUUGGCAACAGGUGAAAAACAGACAGAUCCAUCAACACCACAACAGGAGUCUUCAAAACCAUUGGGAGGAAUUCAACCUUCUUCUCAGAGCAUCCAGCCUAAAGUGGAAACUGAUGCUGCCCAGGCGGCCGUGCAGAGUGCAUUUGCAGUUCUAUUGACUCAGUUAAUAAAGGCUCAGCAGUCAAAGCAGAAAGACGCGCUACUAGAGGAAAGGGAAAAUGGAUCGGGCCAUGAAGCAGCAUCGUUACAACUCAGACCGCCUCCAGAACCUAGCACUCCGGUAUCGGGGCAAAAUGAUCUCAUUCAGCACCAAGACAUGAGGAUGUUAGAGCUCACACCAGAACCAGACCGGCCUCGUAUUCUGCCUCCUGAUCAACGACCUCCGGAACCACCUGAACCACCACCAGUCACUGAAGAAGAUCUGGAUUAUCGGACAGAAAACCAGCAUGUUCCCACCACUAGUUCUUCACUAACUGACCCUCACGCCGGAGUGAAAGCAGCCCUGUUACAGCUGCUUGCUCAGCAUCAACCCCAGGAUGAUCCCAAAAGAGAAGGUGGUAUUGAUUACCAGGCAGGUGAUACUUAUGUACCCACUUCAGACUACAAGGACAAUUUUGGAUCCUCUUCUUUCUCUUCUGCUCCUUACAUUAGUAAUGAUGGUCUAGGAGGUGGCUCUGCUCUACCAUUGGAACGACGUAGCUUCCUUGGAAACUCAGAUAUUCAGUCUUUGGAUAACUACAGUAAUACUUCAUCUCAUUCUGGUGGUCCACCUCAGCCUUCUGCCUUUUCCGAGUCGUUUCCCAGUUCAGUGGCUGGAUAUGGAGACAUUUACCUCAAUACUGGUCCCAUGUUGUUUAGUGGAGACAAGGACCAUAGAUUUGAAUAUAGCCAUGGCCCCAUUGCAGUCCUGGCAAACAGCAGUGACCCUCCCACAGGGCCAGAGAGUACUCAUCCUUUGCCAGCAAAGAUGCACAACUAUAACUAUGGUGGUACCUUACAGGAAAACCCGGGGGGCCCCAGCCUCAUGCAUGGACAGACCUGGACUUCUCCUGCCCAAGGACCUGGAUAUUCACAAGGAUACAGGGGACACAUUAGCACAUCAGCUGGCAGAGGUCGAGGCAGAGGGCUACCAUACUAAGUAUCAGUUUUUCCUCAGGCACAUCAUUUUUAUCUGGAAAGACUUUUCUAGCUGCAAUUUAAGGCAGCAAUCCAAGAGACUUGAAUAAUAUUAAUUCAACAACAGCUUUAUUUUUAUGUGGAAAGGGUCUUGCAUACAAUAGUUUAAAAAGACCAAAAAAACAAAAAAACCCACCUUUGCUUAAAUUCAUGCUGUUCUAAAAAACUAGAUCUAUUGAUUGUACAUCUUCACAAAUUCUAGUUAACAGUUUUAUUUUGUAUUCUUGCAGUUUUAAGUGGAUGCUAAUAUUAGGGACAUAAAAGUUCUUUAUGGCCCUCUUGCAGAUCUGAACUAUGCACAUUUGUGCUUUUUUUUUGUAAGUUUGGACCAACUUUUAUGUAACAACCAACCAAUCCCUUCCUUCUCCAGUUUUACAACAAUCAGAAAGGGCACUGAUUUAUUUGGUAUUUUUCUUUUUACAAAGCUACCUUUAGUCAAAGGUCACUGUCAGUCUUUGCACCUGCUUUCAGUGUUAUUGUGAAAGGUGUACUUUGUGCUCAUUUCAGAAAAUAAAACACAACCUUUCUCUUGAUGCAAGUUUUAUAAAAAAAAAUGGUCAAUGUUAUUUUUGUUUUAUUUUGCAGAUUAUCAUAACCUAGCAAAAUGUAUUCAAAUGAAAAGUGGGUUUUAUAUGAAAAAUAUGGGUGGGGUGGGGAGGGUAAGUAAGUGCCUUAACAGGUAAGCUUAAGGUCUGAAAAAGUAGUUAACCUGUACACCCAUUUGUCUUCUGAAGGGAAUCAGUACAUUGUAUUGAAGAGGAAGGGAGCUCUUGGGGGUGUAGGGCUGCCUGUUCAGUUCCCGUUAGAUCCAUGGUCUGCCUGUCACACUUUCUCCUUUUCUGCCUGUCUUUGGGCUGUGUUCUCUUCCACUACCACCUUCUCUUGAAAAGGGAGUGAGAGUAAAGAAAAGGAAUAGAACUGCAAUCAGUACUUUACUUCCGAUGAGGUCUAAAAAGUUUGGUCAUUUAAAUGUUGAAAGUAAAAAAAAAAAAAUGUUGAAAGCAAUAGCUUAAUGAGAAUUUCAGAGCAUGUGUUCUUUUAGGCUGCCAUGUCGUUCCAUUUCCUUUUGCCAUGGGUAAUUGGCGGGCAGUAACAUAGAAACAAGGCAUAACAUAAUUUGCAUAAUUCUAUUAACACCAUGGCGGGGAGGGGGGGUAGCAAACACCAUGUUUUAAGUUACACAGUUGCUAUUUUAAGAAAAAACGCUGUUCACUUGUUAAUUACAAACAUUGCCUAAAUUGAAUUUAUUGCAAGCAAAGAAAAAGUGAGAGAAAACUCCUCUCACCUGUGAGAUUUACUAGGACUUUAGUUCAUUUCAGCAUUUUUUUAAAAUUAAAAGCAACAAAGAAUGGAGAAAUUCUUAUUUAAAUUGUAAUAUGUCAAAUCUAACUUUUUGUGCACACUCACACAGAUAAUUAUAAUAAUUUUAGAAAGGAACCAAAGGUACAUAACCAGUGUUUCCACAUCACUAAAUGAAAAAUUAGACUGGAAAUGAGAGUUGUGUCAAUUAACCAUUUUGUUUUCACUGUUCUCUCCUGGAAUCUGAUUUGGAAUCUUAAAUUGAAACAACUGUUAUAGAAUGGAAAUUGCUCCAGUUCUAAAGUCAGUCUUUUAACCUUGUGCCCUUUAUCUGACUUGUGAACCUUCAUUUAAUAUAGUAUAUGGGAAGCAUUCUAGCUUGGUGAGAGUAAGAAUAUUUUAAAGUGGAUAAUUUACCAUUUUACUGCUAUAAAAUGAUGUCAGUUGACCAUUUUAUUUUUUGAUGGAACUUUUUUGUUGUUGGGAGAAAUGAAUGAAAGAAAAACUUAUUUUGCUUUUAUUUGGAUAUUAAGUACUAACAACUUAUAAUGAAACUGCAUUGCAGGAAGUGAAGAAAUACUUUGAAAUUUUACAAAAUAGCUACAGUAUUCAAGUAUCUGAAAUUUUAAUAUGGUGAGUCUUAGAGCUUUAGACUUUCCUAUAAGUGACAGUAUCUAAGUUAUUCUUAAUAGUCAUACUUGUUAAUUCUGCUGACCAUAGUAGCUAACAUAAAUUGAAGAUAUUUAUGUGACAUGAAUAGCCUGUGUUUUAAAAAUUAAAUAUUUUAUAUACAAUUGAA